AUGAAUGAGGGUAUGAUAAGUACAAAACGUGGUAACAAGUCAAAGUUAGUCACAUUGACGCCUGACGCUAGUCAGUUAAAUGAUUUAAUUUUAACAAGUAUCCGUGGUAAUAUCGAAUUACAAUCCAAAAUUAAAGGAAUAUUAAACGAUAAUAAAGGUGACUUUAGUGCUUGUUUGGAACCAAUUUCCGCCACGCUUGUCGAGCCGAUCCAAAAGCAUAUUGAUUUAACAAUCCAACCAAUAGUAAAUAAAAUUAACUAUCUUGAACACCAUUCUCGUACACAUAAUGUUCGUUUCAGUGGAAUAGAUAAUAACGUGCCUCUUCAUCGAUUAAAAAAUGUUAUUGUGAAUGUUGUAUCACAAUCCGGUCUUAAACUGAAUAUCAAUCAAAUUGAAGUUGCACAUCGAAUUGGUAAACCAAAACCAAAUCGUACAGUGAUUGCAUGCUUUUAUUCACAAUUUUUAUUAUUAAAUUUAUGCUUUUAUUUUCAAGUAUAUGAAAAUUCAUAUACUUUGUUAGUCAACAGAAAAUUAAUUCAGCAAUCAACAGAUAUGAAAGUCUUUGAAGAUGUCACACGACGAGAUUUGAAUAUUAUGCAAACAUUGCGUGAACAAUUACCGGAUGAAAUGAAAAAAUUUGUGUUUACAAGAGCGGGUCGAGUGAUGGUUAAAGGUCAGAAUAAAAAAAUGAUAUUUGUUAAUGAUGAAACUAAAAUGUGUGAAGUUAUAAAACAAUACUCAAUUUCUCAGAAUUUACUACCUGUUCCGACGCAGGCAGUAACACUUGACUCAGGCCAAGUUAAUUCGUUAUCAAAUACACAAACAAAAUAG